AUGCCAAAUUGGCCUGCUCCCAGUCCAGAAAUUCAACACUUACUUCGUAUACUUCCAAGUCAAUGUAGUGGUCAUCCUUUAGGCCCUCUUUGGCAAGCAUUCAAUCCUAUUAAAGUUGAUAAAAAAACUAAAGCCACAUGUAUUUUUUGUAAACAUGAAAAUCCUAUAUCCGGAACUGCUGCUGUAAUGGGUGCACAUAUCAAAAAGUGUACAAAAAUUCCCUUAAAUGUUCAAAUCUAUCUUAUUAAUGCACAAGAAUUUCAAAAUCAGCAAAACAAUAUACAAAAAAGUUUGGAAUUUUCACGAUCAUCAUCAGAUAUAUCAAUCGAUUCUACUUCAAUUACACCAAUUUCAAGUCAAGAUUUAAUAGUCACAAUGUCUAAUAAUAAUCAAUUUUUAUUAGAUUCAUAUAAAUCUAAUCAAUUAUUACUAGAAGGCAUGAUUGAGGGUGGAGUACCUCUUUCUCUAGUUGAUGCACUGAAAUUUAAAGAAUUUAUUUAUUCAAUAAAUUCUCAAUAUCAUUUGCCAGCAAGAAGACAGCUUUCAAGCCAUAUUCUUGAUAAUGUAUAUGAUAAUGUUCAAUUAUCAAUUCAAGAAUUUAUUAAUAAAUCUGAUUGGAUUACUAUAGCAACAGAUGGCUGGACAAAUAUCCGUCAGGAUCAUCUUAUAAAUUAUAUUGUAAUUGGUAAAAAUAGGAAAUCUGAACUUAUUAAAGUAAAAGAUACUCAUGGUGAAAGUCAAACAUCAGAAACAAUUCUUCACGAUUUAGUUGAAGUUAUGACUGAACUUGGAAUUGAAAAAAUUAGUACAAUUAUCACAGAUGAAGCAGCUAAUUAUAUUCGAAUGAAAACAAUAUUAGUACAACAAUAUCCAAAAAUUUUAGCAUUACCAUGUGUAGCUCAUGAAUCAAAUCUUUUAGUUGGUGAUAUGCUAAAGCAUACAUAUAUGAAAUCUACUAUCACUUUAGCAUUAAAAAUUAUCACUUAUCUUCGAAAAAGUAUACAAGCUAUUCAAUUUAUUCGUGAUCGUGCUUGUAAUAAUACUUUUCGUGAAAUUAUAUCUAUUUUAAAAAAUGAUACAUUUUGGAGUCAAUUAGAAAUGAUUAUUCAAAUUUUGGAAUUAUAUUCUCUUGUACCUAUUAUUUUGGAAUCUCAAUAUGCAACAAUUGCUGAUGCAGUUUACUUAUGGUGUCGAAUGCAAAAAAUUUCUUAUACAAUUUAUGAUAACUUUCAAAAUUAUAUUAUAUCUCGAAUUAAAUAUCGUUGGCAAAGAAUUUAUAAUCCUGUAUUUUUAAUUAGCUGGUUAUUACAUCCAAAAUAUUUUUUAGCAAAAGUUAUUCAUCCAGAACUUUUAACUUUUGUUAAAAAAGAAGCUAGCACUUUAUUUAGCCGAUUAUUUCCAGAUAAAGAUAUUUAA